AUGCUGAGCCGUGCCGUCCUGCCUCUUACGAGGCCUAACGUCCUCGCCUCCGCUGUCCGCGUGGGCUCCCUGUCCACCCAGCGACCCCGGUGGUACGCCAAGGGCAAGGAUAAUGCCCCGUAUAAGCUUCCCGAACACUUGCAGCCCAAGAAGGCCGCCGAAGAGCCCAAACAGAACCAACACGCAUCGGAACAGCCCGAGUUCGAUACCCAGGCCAAGCCGGAGACUGAAGCUUCCGAGUCUGCUCCUGAGCCGGAACAGAUCCCCAACAAACCUCUCCCCGAUCUCACUCAGGGUAUCCCGUCGACACUGGCUGCCGAACUCGAGGGCCGUACGAAGCAGGGCGGAGGAAAGCUGAACCUCACAGAGGACCCUGCCCAAUCCGAUGAGUACAGCGAAGCUGGCGGCCGUGGUGACAUCCCCAAGGGAGGAUAUGAAACAUCUUCGGAUCGCCGCAAGGCCCGCCUGUUCAACAUCACGUAUGCCGUGAUGCUGGCCGCCGGUGUUGCCGGUGUUGGUUACCUAGGUCGCAACUGGGAGACAGAAGAGGAGGAACGUGUUCACCCGGAGCAGCCCUCUGGCUGGGGUCUGGGUCUCUGGUACGCCCGAAUUAAAGCCCGCAUGGGUGAUCUCACCAGCUACUACAAGGAUCCUGCUUUCCCCAAGCUGCUUCCCGACGAGGACCCCAACAUCCGCCAGCCCUACACCCUAGUGCUCAGUCUGGAGGACCUUCUUGUCCACAGCGAGUGGACCCGUGAGCAUGGAUGGCGUGUGGCCAAGCGACCCGGUGUCGACUACUUCCUUCGCUAUCUUAACCAGUACUAUGAACUUGUUCUCUUCACCAGCGUGCCCAGCAUGAUGGCCGACCAGGUUCUCCGCAAGCUCGAUCCUUACCGUAUCAUUCGCUGGCCCUUGUUCCGCGAGGCUACUCGCUACAAAGAUGGAGAGUACAUCAAGGAUCUGGCCUACCUGAACCGUGACCUGUCCAAGGUUAUCCUCAUUGACACCAAGGAAGAGCAUGCCCGCCUGCAGCCUGAGAACGCCGUCAUCCUGGACAAGUGGACCGGCGAUCCCAAGGACAAGACGCUAGUCGCCCUCAUUCCCUUCCUGGAGUACAUGGCCGGCAUGGGCGUCGAGGACGUUCGUCCCGUGCUGAAGUCCUUCGAGGGUACUGCGAUCCCCGUCGAAUUCGCUAAGCGUGAGAAGGCGAUGCGCGAGCGCUUCGAGAAGGAGCUCGCCGAGGAGAAGAAAAAGAAGCCCUCUGUCUCCAUGGGUAGCUUGGCCAGCGCUCUGGGCUUGAAAUCGGGCAGCUCUAUGAGCGGUGAGAUGUCGUCUUCCGAGGGCCUGGCCCAAGGCAAGAUGCUCUGGGAUCAGAUCCGCGAGCGUGGCCAGAAGAACUACGAGCUGAUCGAGCGGGAGAUCCGCGAGAACGGUGAGAAGUGGCUUGCUGAGAUGGCCGCCGAGGAGGAGAAGGCCCGCCAGGAGCAGAUGGCGAACAUGAAGGGCUCGUUCACCGGCAUGUUCGGUGCUGGCGGCAAGCAGCAGUAA